CAGGAACAUGAUAAUUCGACGAGUCGAUACAGAAUGAAGCUCUUUAUUGAUAUGGUAUCCGCUUCCUUGUCUUUUUUAUGCUAUUUUAUUUAGGAGCUUAACAUCAAUGGCGGUACUGUUUGCCUCGAUUCGACUCAUGGCACAUGUGUAGAUGGUGUACAAUCGCAGUGCUACCUGUAUACACUUGUUGCUCGCUGCCAGGAGACAGGAAAAGGUGCCCCACUUUGCUGGAUGUUGACGAACUCGGACUCGCAGUACCCUGUCGAAUUCUGGCUCAAAUGGCUGAAGCAAGACGUACAUUAUCAGCCACGGUGCAUUAUGAUCGAUAACUCAGAUACCGAAAUGGCUGGUAUCUGGUCUGCUUAUGGUGACGACGUGCAAGUGAUGAUUUGCCAUUGGCAUAUCAAAGGUGCUUGGCGUAAAAAUGUUGCGAAGAAGGUGUUUGUUCGUCCAGGUGAUUUAACACACUCGCGUGAGGUGAAGAUGAUGUGGGAUGAAGCCUUCAACAGGUUGGAUGAUAUGCUACGAGCUUCCACUGAAGAGGGAUCUAGCUGGUGUACGACGAGCUGCAGUUAUUCUGUAUGGAAUACGAAGAGGAUUGGGAUAUGGCUGCUCUUCAGGUUUAUUUUGACCAAGAGUAUUUACCUAAGAAAGAAAAAUGGAGUAAUGCGUGGCGUCAGGUAGGUGUUCAAGCAUUGAUCCAAGUAAGUAGAAUUUGUAGUGAUAUUUAAAGUGUUUAUUAUAUUUUUUAUCAGUUUCAAGGUCAUAUGAACACAAACAACUACGUUGAAUCAUGGCAUCGUACCCUGAAAGAAGCUUACCUUGGAAAACUUAAGCGUCAACGUGCGGAUGUCCUCAUGUACAUCCUUUGGGAUAAUGUAUUCCCGGAUGUGAUGGCAUCCCAUGUACAAGCACAGCUCCAGUUCCAAGCAAUAGUCAGCAAUCAAGGUGAAUUGGCGCGUUACGAUGCUGCAGCUGCAAUUCCAGGUAAGUUUUGGUAAUUAGGAUAGUAUAAGCACAUGUACAUAGACAUAUAUUUAGAUAUAUAGAUUGUAUUUUUAAUGAAUAAAGAAUAUAUUUUAU